AUGCAACGAAUUCCUGCAUCCAUUGAGUGGGCUGGACUCCGAAACGAGGCUUUCGGAACUGUCAGAGCUUGCUUCCGCGAGUUUUCAUCCAACCUGGAGACUAUUGCAUCAGGCUAUAAAAUGUUUUCGAAAAAAGGGCGGCCAUUCGUUGUGCCUACGACAAGCUUUGAGCCGCACAUUAUGCUGCCCAGGGAUUAUAUCAAAUGGCUGGUCGAUCAGCCAGAAGACAUUCUCUCCCACGGGCAGGUCCAUGGUGAGAAGCUGGGGCUCCGUUAUCUAUUUCCAGGAUUCGAUUACACCACAGAUAUAGCGCUGAUCACCGCCAUCCGUCUUCAUCUGACUCGCAAUCUUGGGAACAUUGAAGGGGACCUAAUCAAAGAAAUUCGCUCCGUUACUGAUGCGACGUUCGGAGUGGAUGAUCAGACUUGGACUGAAGUCAACCUCUUCACAGCCAUGAAUACGAUCGUGUUCAAUUCCAGCGGCUUUCUCUUGUUUGGAGAGCCUCUUUGCCGUAAUGAAAGGUUUAUGCGGUCGAUGCGAAGAUUUGGGGAUAUAUUUGGCGCAGGAAUGCUUUGUGUGGGUCAACUCACUCCCCGACUCUUUCGCAGGGUAGUUGGCUGCCUGUUUGUUAUUCCAACGGCAUACUACCAGGCUAUAUGCGCGAGAUACCUUUGGCCGGUGUUCGCCGACCGAUUGGAAAAGAUGAAGCGGAACAGAGUCGACCCGGCAUUCAAUUAUAAUGCGCCAAAUGACCUCAUUACUUGGAUGUUCCGCGCGGCUCUCGACAUGAAAGACUCAACCAUUGAAAGCCCUAGACCGCUGGUAAAGCGGUUUACACUUGUGACAUCAGGUGCUAUCUCAUCGUCAUCCGUGACCGCUACGAAUAUGUUGAUUGACGUACUAAGUUCUGAUUUAAAUUUACACUACUAUCGGACACUUCGUUCGGAGGCCGAAUCUGUCUUCCCAACAACAGAUCACUGGGCGCGUCCAGCCAGUCUGCUGCAAUUACGGCAUAUGGACAGUACAAUACGAGAAAGCUUGAGGAGGAGCCCCAUUCUUGUGCGAGGUCUCUGGAGGGAAGUAAUGCCAAAAGACGGCGUCACUCUUCCAAACGGGCAGCGCCUUCCGCAAGGUGCUUGGCUCGGCGUCCCUGUUCCGGGAAUCCACAACGACGAACGUUACUAUCAUGAACCGGAAGUUUAUGCACCUUUCCGAUUCGUUCCUAGCAGCUUGCAAGAUCGAAACGUUGCAAAAGGGGACGAUACGAAUGCUGAGAAUUGCAAACCAGCUAUUUUGACUAUGACCAGUGAUACUUUUCUUCCAUUUGGAUAUGCGCGUCACUCUUGUCCAGGUCGUUGGUUCGCCUCGCACCAUCUUAAGCUUGUCUUGGCGUAUAUCGUUGUACACUAUGAUAUUCAACCCCUCCAAGAACGUCCUCUGAACCACAUAUGGGGGGAGCACCCUGUUCCCUCACCAAACACAUUGAUCAAAGUGAGGAGGAGGAAAGUCACUUAA